AUGCCACUUGCGUCUCACUUUGUGUUGCGAUUCUCUCAAAACGCAUCUAGUAGUUUUCACGGCGUGACGUCGCGUUGCUCUUGGCGUUGCUGCGCAGGUACCCGCUGGCCAGGGCAGACGGCCCCAGCCACUACGACAGAGCCCAAGAGGCCGGCGCCAAGGGGCUGGACUGCGGCGACCUGUACGCCGACUGCCCCGUGUCCGUUCUGGGACUGCUGCUCUCGCUGCGACCGUCAGGAUGAGGGCUGUGCUCGCUCCGCUCCUCCUCGCCCCCUGCUGGUGGCCGUGGUGGCCGCUAGCCCGCGGCCGGGACUUCUGUCUCGACACAGGCGUUACCUCACCUUCCCCGAAGGCAGCACCUUCAAUCUGGCGCUCUGCAUGUCCAACAAGGCCUACUUUCUGGCGGACUCGGGGAUCUACACGGAGGGCGUGGCGUGGGGCUGCUCCUACGACCUGCCCAACAACACGGCGGCCUUGGCGUCGGCGGGCGCGGGCGUGGAGCCCCUGGGCCUGCGCCGCAAGGACCGCGUCGACCUGUACCGCCGCGUCGAGCGCGCCGUCGACUCCGCGGGCCUCGACGGCCACGCGUGCAUGCUGCGGGCCAUCUGCGAGGCCGAGACGCUCCUCGGGCCGCGGACGCACCUCAUCAUGGAGUUGUUCCGCAUCGCGCUGGCCAUCCCCAUGGAGCGGUACUCGUCGCUGCGCGAGCCGCACGGCCACCAGGCCUACAUGGCGGCCAGGCACAACGGCAUGCACGGCGCGGACUGCGGCGCCGUCUACCCGCAGUGCCCCAUGUCGCUGCUGCAGAUCGCCACCUCGCUCGUCCCCGCCUCCUUGACAUGAGUCCUUGACAAUAAAGUGCUGUCGCAAUUUCCGCCAUUGGUUUCUUUUAAGUCCCUUCCUAUCAGUGUAUCUGUCUGUCUGUCUGCCUUCCUGUCUUUCUGUCUGCCUUCCUGUCUUUCUGUCUGUCUG